CAUCCACCUCCGCGCCACCCUUCACCCCACUGAUUCUGAGAGACCAGCAGCGACGGCUCAGGAACACCUUCGUGAGCCAGUUCACUGACGUCUCCGUGCCAUGGCGCUCUCCACCCUCCGCGCGGGGACUGGCUUGCAAACGAACGCCGUCAUGCCAUUGCCGACUCCGUCGCUCAACAGCCCUCGUGUAACUGCUCCGCACGUCGGCCUUCGCCGCAUGGCAUUGGUUCCACGACACGCUGUCGCGCCGGCGCGCGCCAGCGCCCCGCGACAGGCCGCGUCGUCACGGCCGGUGCACGCAAGCAGCACCGAGCAACGAGUAGACUCUCCUCGAGGCCCCAGCAGCAGCGAGGAGCGCGGGAGGGACGGCACGUGGCUGAUGCGAGGAGCAGCGGCGGCGGGGCUGGCGUGCGUGCUGGCGUUGAGCGACCCGUUCAGCGGCAGCGGCGGCAUGGCGCUCGCGGCAGACACGCUCAAGACGUGCACGUGCCUGCUGGGCCAGUGCAGGACGGAGCUACUGCAGUGCCUAGGCGACGUGAAGUGCGCCGCGAACAUCGCGUGCCUGCAGGCGUGCAACGGGCGGCCGGACGAGACGGAGUGCCAGAUCGGGUGUGGGGACCUGUUCGAGAACCAGGUGGUCGACCGCUUCAACGCCUGCGCCAUCACCAAGUCCGGCUGCGUCCCGCAGAAGGCGGACGAAAACCUCUUCCCGCUUCCGCCCGACGAGGCGCUCGUGCCGGAAUUCGACGUGGGGAAACUGGACGGGGAGUGGUUCAUUGCCAGCGGGUUGAACCCGACGUUCGACACGUACGACUGCCAGCUGCACACGUUCAAGCCGACGGGCGAGGGCGAGUUCCGCGUGGACAUCACAUGGCGCAUCAACACGCCCGACGGCGGGUUCUUCACGCGGUCCGCGCUGCAGGACUUCAUGCAGGAGCCCGCAAGGCCCGGCGUGCUGCUGAACCACGACAACGAGUUCCUGCACUACCAGGACGACUGGUUCAUCAUCUCGUCCAGCAUCACGGGGUCCAAGGACGACUACUUCUUCGUCUACUACCGCGGCAGCAACGACGCCUGGGACGGCUACGGCGGCGCUGUCGUGUACACGCGCGCCCGCACCCUGCCCAAGGUCUUCCUCCCAGAGAUGGAGCGAGCAGCUGAGUCAGUGGGGCUCAAGUUUGCGGAUUUCACCACCACGGACAACACCUGCCCGGCCGAGGUGCCGCUGUUUGCCCGGCUGGAGCGAAAGGUGGAGGAAGUAGAAAGGGCGGUGGUGGCUGAGGUGGUGCAGUUUGAGGAAAAGGUGGUGGAGGCAGAGAAGGGGUUAGUGGCGGAGGUGAUUCAGCUGGAGGAGAAGGUGGUGGAGGCAGGCAAGGACGAGGUGAAGCUGUUUGAGGGGCUGAGGCGAGGGUUCAUGGAGUUGUUCAAGGAUGAGCAGAAUUUCGUUAAGGGGCUGAAGAAGGAAGACAGGGAGGUGCUGGAACAGAUGGAGGCGAUGCAGAUGGGGGAUGCCGAGGACUUGGAGGAUCUUUUCAGCAAUCCCCUGCCGCUGAGGAAGAUUAGGCCCAGGUCAUAGGUGUGGUACUUCUAUUUGAAUAAUGCGUCCAUUUUUUAUACGGUAUGUGCAAUGCGCACUAAUGCAUCGUGUUUGUUUCUUCCACUGCUUGGUGGUGUGAGGUGUGUGCUGUAAGUGAGUUGCCAUGUAAUGUUGCGUUCUAAUAUAUGAAAUGGUAAAUC